AUGGCUCUCAUUGAUAAUAGUGCGAAUGAAGUGGGUGUGGCCUUAUGUCAACUUCCAUCAUUGGCCAUUAUUAUUACACAAUACGGCGAUAGUGUGGCUUUUGCUAAAACUCUCUCUUUUCUCUUUUCCCGUAAUCCUGUGGAGGUAUUAGUACCAGACACAGCUGUAGAUGGAAAGUUUGUACAAACAUUACUUCGACAUUUUCGUGAUAUUACUUUCACAGGUGUACAAAGACGUUCCUUUGAUGAGGCACAAGGAGCCCAUCGACUGUUGGAACUCAUGUCUACAGAUGAGGCCUGUUCAGAAGUAAGUAAUAUUGAUCGAUAUCUCUGCGUCUCUGCCGCUAAUGCUCUAAUUGAUUUUAUAGAGUUUACAUACAAUUAUACACUUCUUCCACACACAGUACGUGUACAGUAUUUGGCAUUAGAGAACUAUAUGGAGGUUUCACGACUCUCUGCACGGGCAUUAUAUCUCAUUCCAUCAGGACCUUCACUACGUGGAAGAUCCGGAAUGAUUUCACAACAACAACAAACAACAACACAGAAUGAUAUGAUAACAGGAAAUACAUCCGAUCGUUAUAAUAGUACGGUUGGUAAUAGUAAUAGUAGAAGAAAAGCACGUAAAACUUUUUUUCGCUCCUCAGGAGAUCAAAGAGAGAGUGCCCCACAACUACCAUUAGUAGAUGCUCUUCAUCACACCAUCACAAAUGUAGGUAGACGUCUGUUAAGAUCUACUGUUCUACAGCCAUUACGAGAUGCUGUUAGUAUUGAAUUACGGUAUGAUAGUGUGGAGUGGUUAUUAUAUCAUGAAGAGGCCCUCACUGCUCUUCGUUGUUCUCUACGGGCUCUUGCCGGAGAUGAUAUUGAACGCGUUAUUUCUAAUUUCUCACAAGAGCCAAAAGUACAAACUGUGAAAUCUAUGCAAUAUCGUAUAGAUGCUGUGGUGGCUUUGUGGAAAUUACUUGGCGCCGUUACAAAACUCUCUCACACAUUACGUGCUGUGUUAGGGGAGGAAACAGAGGAAUAUGAUAAAUAUGAAGAAAAGUGUUCUAAGGAUGAUUCCUCCUACAAUUCCAGUGAUGAAAAUAAUAAUAAUAAUAAUAAUAAUAAUAAUAAUAAUGGGUUUUCAUGUGAGACUCAACCAGAACAGAAACGUCGAAGAUAUGAUGGAUCCCCAAAGAAUCGUCAAACUUAUCAUCAUCAUCAGAGUCGACAGCGAACAGCCGUCAAACCUCCAAGUGGAGGGACCACACUUCUUCGUAAACUUCUUGAAACCUUAACGGUAUGUCGGAUGGAAGAGAUAUGUACAGAGAUCGCACUCUAUUUAGAUGAGAGUGUUGUGCGGGUGACGGAACGUAAUGAGCAUCCACUCAUUGGCACUACUUCCAAUCCACGAGGAAAACGAUUGGGUGGGGCGGUACUUCAAGUACAACAGUGUUUUGCGGUAAAACCUAAUCUCAGUGGUACUUUAGAUGCAGCUCGAUAUCAAUACAGUCAAACCGUAGAAGCUAUGUUUACAUAUGCAGAGGAAUUAAAACAACAAUAUAAUGUUGGUUCCUUACGUGUGGUGUAUGAUAAUGUGCGGGGAUAUCAUUUUUCAUAUGAUGCUCGACAUGAAUGUAAUGCCCCGGAUUCUGUAUUUCUGCAAAAGUAUUCUGGUGGAAAUCACUACGCCUUAUAUCAUAGUAGCCGUAUGAUGAUGACGACGAUGAUGAUGGAAACACAGAAGGAACAUGUAGAGAAUAAAAUGGAAAAGGAAAAUAAUAUACAUGGUAAUAAUAAUAAUAAUAAUAAUAAUAAUAAUAAUAAUAAUAAUAAUAAUAAUAAUACUUGUAUGAAUACAGCUACACCACUAUAUAAUGAGUCUCUUAAUCAAGAUAUUAUGUUUACAAACAGUACAACCGGCUUCAUACGAUCUGGAUACACCUCUCAACAACAAGAUAUAAAUGAAGAGAAUCUUCUUAAUAUUACGAAACAUCAAGUACGUGGUAGACGAGUGACGUGUACAACAAAAGAAAUGCUUAUUUUUCGUCGUAAUGCCGAUGAGGCAGUAACGGAAAUUCUUCAAACACAAGACAAUCUUGUACGUUUUCUUAUAGAUUAUCUUCGACAACGAUUAGGAAAAUUACAAGCCGUCUGUGAUGCGGUGGCGAUGUUAGAUCUAUUAGUGGCCUUUGCGGUCUAUAGUCGAUUAAAUGCCUGUACACGACCAAAAUUACUUAAACCCGAUAAAUUAUUAGGGAGUUGUAGUGGAACUCACUUUACAGAAGCACGACAUCCUGGUGGAAUGACAUUAUCUCCCAUCUCAACAAGUACAAGUACAACAAGAAGUACAGGAAUGAAUAUCGCCGCUAAUACGAUUUGUUGGGAUGUGAAAAGUGGUGUAAAUGUAUUAUUAAUAACAGGCCCAAAUGCCUCUGGUAAAACAACACUUCUUCGACAAGUUGGUCAAUUAAUUACACUUGCACAAUGUGGUUGUCUUGUACCCGCCAGCUCUGCGGCUCUUCAACCAUGUGAUCGUCUAAUUGCUCAUAUGUUGUGUGAUGAUUUAGAUGAUGCGAUGACUUCUGCCUUUGCAAAGGAAAUGCGAGAAUUGGCACAUGUCUGUCAACAUGCCACUCGAUCUAGUGUGGUGUUAAUAGAUGAACUCGGCCGCCGUACGGCUGUUCGUGAGGGAACCGCCAUUGCGUGGGCCACCGUAGAGUUUCUCAUCUCAACAAGAUGUCGAAGUGUAUUCGUGACGCACUUUAGUAGACUCACACGACUUGCACUGCGAAGUGGUGGGGCUGUGCGGAAUUUUCAUCUCGCCGUAAGUACAGGGAAGGAAGAUAAUAAUAAUAAUAAUAAUAAUAAUAUUAGUAAUAGUAUUAGUAAAGUAGUGAAGACAACGUGUGCUUUGCGAUUUGAAUAUCGUUUAUUACCGGGACCUUCACAGGUGGAUCACUAUGGGUUGCGUCUCGCGGCUCGUGUGGGUUUUUUUCAACCAGCACUUCAGUUUGCAAAGGAACUGUUGCCGUUAAUGAAUGGAGAAGGAGAAACAUUAGAUGAAGGAGAUCCUACUACUACUACUACUUGUAAACGCACAUGUACAGAAAAAGAGAUCUCUAAUGUUGAUACUGAUACUGAUACUGAUGAUGACAAUAAUAAUAAUAAUAAUAAUAAUAAUAUUGAGGGAAGUGUAAUCAUUGCUACUGAGUGUAGUAGCGAUAGUGAAAGUGAUAGUCAGACGAGCGUAAGAGGAAUGAAAAGAAGAAGGAAGGAUAAGGAUAUAAACAACAUCAAUAAGAAUAAUGAUAAUGAUAACAGUACUGAUGUUCCACCGAGAUUUUCCUCUACCUCAGGUAUAUCAACUAUUCCUCAAGUUAGUGAGGUUUUGGAUAGCUCGGAUUCUCUUCACAGAUAUUCUUCAGCUUUAUAA